GUUCUGUUUAUGCCUUUGCUUGUCAACUACGUUAGCUAGCAUAGAUCUGUUGUAUGUCUGGUAAUUUAGCUAGGCUAGCUAUAUUACCUCGAAAACAUAAUUCCCAAACUAACGUUAGGAUGGUGAAUUCGAAUAGCCAAAGGCUUAUUAUCAACCUCGCUAACUAAGCUCUUUUUCAAUGCCAAGUAGAAUCAGUGAGAACCUGAGCCACACUUGUGUUUGUCAUUUCAAUCGCAAUGUUCAAGUUCAAAACUUAGCUGCUUGCGUUAUCAUAAUGUUAUCUGUAUGCUACGUUAGGGAGGGCAAAAUUGAGCUGUUGGACGUAGCUCGCCAGCAGUAUGUGCACAACAUUGGCACGGCGGGGUGUGUGUACGCCCUGUCCGCGAUUCUGCCUAUACAGACCUGCGGUUCCCAUGGGCACCACUGCAAAGGAAGAAAUGGACAAAUUCUGGGACAAAAACACUCGACUAAACCGACCUAUGUCUCCUCACAUUACAGUCUACAGGUGGUCUAUCCCCAUGGUGAUGUCCAUCACUCACAGAGGCACAGGCGUGGGACUUAGCGGAGGUAUUUCUCUCUUUGCACUUGCUGCGUUGGUGUUGCCAGGUGACUACACCUCUCACCUGGAGCUGGUCAAUUCCCUGUCCCUGGGCCCCGCCCUCAUCACCAGCGCCAAGUUCAUCCUGGCAUUCCCCGUGAUGUAUCACACCUGUAAUGGCAUCCGUCACCUGGUGUGGGACCUGGGCAAGGGCUUUAAGAUCCCGGAGGUGUACCGCUCAGGCUACAUGGUCGUGGUCCUGUCGCUGCUCUCUGCGAUGGCACUCGCUGCUCUGUGAGCUGAGGGUGGACCUGGGGGAAUCAAUCCGUUUAUUCUGUGUCUGCCAAAACCCGUUUGUCUGCAAUAAAGUAUACCUAUAUUUACCCGUU